AUGUCACAGCUGUUCUUGCGACGGGUGGUAGCUGUGUGGUUUGCCGCCAUUUAUGCGCUUAUAGGCCUUCCGCUAUGGUAUAAAUUGACUACCAUAUACAGGGCGCCUUUGCCAGGCGAAUACGUGAGCUCUUUGCGUGAAAACAUGCAUGCAGACGUGCAUGUAGUAGUGCCGGUGUACGUGCGUUCGGAUACGUACAAAUUUCCAGACAUUCACAGGGCUAUUCAGGCGCAGGCAGACGCACUGCUGCGGUCCAAACCUAGUACGAUAGACUGGUCUUUGCAGGUAAUGCCGGCAGAAAAAAACCAGACUUUGGAUUUGGAGUCCGACUACGUGUUGACACUGGUCCUGGACGACUUCACAGGCUACGCUAUUCCCUACGACUCGAAGGAAACGGUCGUUUUCUUCGAUGACACUGCUGUCCUGUCCAACGAUGUGCCCUUUUUCGCAGCCCAAACGUUGAUCGAACACACUUUUGCUGCCGAGUGGACCCACUUCAGCGGCAGCACUAGCGUCCAGGAUGAAAAUACUCUGGAUAUCGACUCGGAAAUGGUGAUUUCGUACUCGCCCACUAUGCAUCUGUCACUCUCGCUCCUCACCGGUGACGGUAGGCCCGUUGCCUGGGACAUAGAGUCAACAUUGAACCAGUAUUUCACACCCCUGCGUCGCUUUCUGUCGCCACUGGUGAACUUCACAGUCGACACUAGCAUUUUGCCCUUCAACGAUUUGAACCUAGGCUCACUGCACGACGUUCAGGACCCCUCAUGGCAGGAUCUGGCCCACUCCGUUGACCUUUCGGAGCUCUCGUCGAUAAAUCACUAUCGGGAAAAAAAUGUGGUGAACUUGGCCAUAGUAUUCCCCAGUCCCGAGGCAGGCCAACUAGCUUUUAUCAAUGCCACGCAGGAUAGACCAUGGCAAAGUUUUAUGGUUCCCCAGUGGGGUGCAUUGGUAGUUAAUAAAGAGGCCUUACCUGAUAAUGCGCGCAUAACUCAAGACUACUUGGCACCUGUCAUCUACAGCUUUGCAUGUGAAUUGUUCCAGUUUUUAGGUUUGUCAUCCGAGAAGGCCGACCUUUCCACACCAUACACUACGAUAGACUCCUUCAAAAGGAUCAUGACCUUGAAAAACUUGGAGCAAGGCGUGGAAACGCUGUGGUCGCUGGUAAAGCUUACAAACCAGUUCCCACAAAUGUCCGUGCCCAAAAGAGUCUUAGCAGAUGUUGAACGGGCCGUGGAACUGCGACUACAAGCUGUUGAACUGAUCAACGAUCCUAAACAAGGAAACGAGGCAAUUUGGAAUGAAGCAUUACGCUUGAGCAAUGAUUUUGUGCAGGUCUGCGAAAGGGCCUUUUUCCACAAGGAAAUGGUUCAGCAGAACUUCUUCCCUCAGGAACACAAAAUUGCCGUUUAUCUGCCACUGCUGGGCCCCAUUUCUGUGAUCAUAUUUACGGGGCUAAUCAAGGCACUACGGGAAAAACAUGGCGAUGAUGCUGAGGACCAUCUCAACGGCAAAAAAAGUUUAAAAUUCGACUCUGACAAACCAUUGCAAAGUGAGGAUACAUCAUAA